GCGUCUUAUAUCCGCGGCCGGUUCCCGCACAACGUGGGCAACGGACAACAGAGGUUGGACAACAAAAGGGUCCUGACCUCAUGAAGAUAAACCUGUCGAGAGCUUUGUACAUGGCGCUCGAAUCGAAUCCAUAUGGCACAGUCGACCUGCGGCUCUCGUACACUGCAUAGUAACGGCUGAAACGACUUCGAGGAGUUUCGGCUCCUGUACAGAAUUCCAAAUAGUGCGAAAUCAUGUCGACUUGGUGAUGUAAUCCCUCCGACUUGGGAAGGACGACAAGUUUCAAGUUGUUCCUUUACAGAUCUUGAUACGUCUUGUACAAGUAAAGAAUACAGAGGUGCGUAAAGUGAACUCGUUGUCGACUACCUAUCUAUUUGGAAGCACUUGAAACAUGCCUGCCAACAUUCCCAAAACGGGCACACGCUCGACGCUGGCCAGCUCGAUCUCAAAGUUCUUGGAGGAUCAUCCGACGCUGCACCUCGGCGGCGCUGACGACUUCCACCAGGAACGACGCCAUCACCUUGAGGUUUUUGGGUUUCAUGCUCUGCCAAAGGACAAGCAGGCACCAAUUGGUAACGUCGAGUUCCACGGCGUUCGAGGUCCACAUGGCAGCAUCCCUAUCCGACUGUUCUAUCCUAAUGCUGUCGUAAAUGGGGAGAAUGCAAAGUCUAAAGGCCUGGCUGCUUUGGUUUACAUGCACGGCGGUGGAUAUACAGUCGGAUCCGUGGAUGAAUUCGAGAACGGAUUAAGGCUGGUCGCCGAGGCUUCUGGUGCUAUUACAAUUGGGGUUGAGUACCGUCUCGCUCCAGAGCAUCACUUUCCCACACAGCUGGACGAAUAUUCCGCCGUGGUUGACUGGGCUCAGGGUCCGGACGGGGCAGCACGAGGAAUCUCGUCCGACCUGGUCUUUGGGGGAGGCGAUUCCGCCGGUGGCAAUAUGACCGAAGCGUUGGCAUUGCGUCGGCGCGAUCAAGGCAAGAAGAACAUUGCCGGCCAACUCCUUUUGUAUCCGGAAUCCAGGAUCCCAUUCGACACCCCCGCCGCCGAAGAGAACAACACCGGUCUCUACCUCGAAUGCAAUGGUAUCUUCAGCUUCGCCGAUCAUUACCUGCCCAAGGCGCCCGAAAAGACGUACCCGCCCAGCUUUAAGUAUGUCAGCCCGGGCAUGCAGAGCGUGGAGUAUCUCAAACACCAACCGCCAGUUGCGUUGUUCACUUGUGGAUUUGAUCCCUUGAGGGAUGUCGGCGUCGAGUACGGCAGCAAGUUACAGCAAGCUGGUGUUGAUAUGCAUUGGCACCACUAUCCUGACUUGACACAUGGUUUCUUGCAGAUGGCGCCGUGGUCCCAUGAAGCCUUGAAGGCGACCGAGGAUGUUUCGAAAGAGUUGAAGAGGAUGGCUUAUGGGUCUUGACGACAUUGACACGCUGACUUGCUCCUAUGAAUUAUCCGAGUGUUCCGGAGAGGAUAUCUCCUAGCCAGUGAUCCUGCACGAAUAGAUGAAAGAAGCUACAGUGUGCCAGUAGGUUUCCCAGGUCCAUGAUUAACUUGCACAGGUCCAGGUAUUUCAAUGGGACCUCCUUAUGCAACACUUACUAUGUAUAUAUCAAUAAUAAACAUGAUUGCCCAAUCACAAUGUUGUUCCUCCAGCACUAUCACGACAGGAGCUCUGAGCCUCGCCAAAUACGCGGCCGUUGUCGACACUACCGGGCCACCUACCAUGGGAGCUUUAUGGUGAUA